AUAUUUUUUGCGAGUCCAAUAUGGCAGAACGAGAGGCGUUGGAAAAGGAAAUUGAGGAGUUGCAAAAUCUUAUUAUGGAUCACAAGAGAGUUCAUGGCGAUGCCCCGUCAAGCUCAGCUCAGUGGUUUUCUUCUAGAUGUAGUCAAGGUAGAGGUCGAGGGUCCAACCAGUGUUAUUUUCAGUCAUAUUCAGGUCAGCACCAGCCUCAUACUCUUCGCCCUACCAGCCACUGGAGAAGAACUUACUCUCUUAACAACAAUACCACUGGAGGUCAUGGAAAGGCAGGCUCCCAGUUUUCUGACCCCAAUCUGAACAAAACUCGGCAAGCCAAGCUUGUAGCUUCUGGUACUUGUUGCUACUCACUUGUUGGAAGCCAAAAACCCGCUGGUAAGGGGUUGGCAGAGACACAGAUCUACAAGAACAGCACAACUCCUUCACAUAAUGCAAGUGGAAGUGUAGCUUCCCCAGAGAGUAGCAGACCCCCCAGCAACAGUGCAAACAGGACAGUGCUGAAACUGACAAGGACUAAGAGUGGAAAUGUAGACCUGGCAAAGUCUGCUUCAUCAGUGGAUAGUCGACAGUUUGGUCUUGAAAGGAAUAUAAAACUACAUGCGGCAUCCCAAAGUGCAUCAGACCUGGUUAGUUGCUCAGGUACCGUAUCUGUCUCUUCAUCCAAGGAGCCUAGUGCCUUCAACAAAAGACAGACUUUGGCAUUGUCACACAUGAAAUCACAUGUCACCAGUAUCAAUUUAACUAAUAAGACUGUGAUAAUGGCCCCAAGCUACACUUCUGCCCAUCCCCCUGCUGCUUUGGCUUGCUUUAGCGCUGCGUCAAACCUCAAGCAUAAAAAUGGAGCAGCAGCAGCGCAGGUGUCAGCGGCUUGCUCUUCCCCCAAGAGAUCACGGUUUAUUUGGGUGAAAUGUGAAGGGACAGGGACUAGCCAGCCUAAGCCAGCCAUCUGCCCUGCUAUGCGUCCUCCAAGCUCAUCUUUGGCCUCCGCUGGUCCUACCGCGGUUGCUAACAUCAAGCAGGUAAUUGGCUCUAACAAGAAGCCCCAUCGCAGGCCUGGACUUUGCCAAGGUACCCCCAAGACCUCAGCAUACUCUUGGGUGGCGUCUUCCUGCUCCAUGGGAACAGUUGCCAAAGCAGCGUCCCUAGGCAAACUGCCACACAAGCCACCCAAGGCUCUCAAGUUGCCUUGCAAAAUGGGAAAGGAUGGGCUAGAGGGUGCCAAAAAAAUUGCAUUUGCUCCUCUCAUGGCACCAAAGAGGGCUAAAGCUGGUGGAGGUAGCACCGCAUCUCAAGUGAACCAUGGCAGUCGCUACCGCUGGAAGGCAGCGCCGCAGAGCUCCUCCAUGGGGGUGUGUGCCUCCACCCCAAAGUUUUCGCGAAAGACAUCUGUGUAUCAAUGGACCGCUCGGAAACAGGACAGGGACUCGAGCCCUGGACCGCUCUCAUCCGGACUCCAGCACAGCCCUUCCACUGCUUCUCCCUCUGGAGGUGGAGUCAAGCUCAGGAACAGGGCCAUGAUCAACAGAAAAUCCAGCAGCAGCAGUCUUACUCCAGAGAGGAGGUCCAGCCUCAGCAUGGUGACUGUCAGUAGUCGCUAUUCUCUACGGAGGAGGACACACACUCCUGGCAAGCCUCCAACCAGUGGCAGACGAGGCCAGGCCAAGGCGCUCGUCUCUUACGGCAGACACAAACUCCGCCUCUCCUUCUCCAGCCCCACCCUUGCUGCAUGGAGCCCCAGAACAGUACGGAGUCCUACAUAUCUGAGAGUCAUCAAGACACGCUACAAGAUUGACACACGCAGAACACACAUCCAGCACCACAACCCUGCCCUAACUUACAGGCUCAAAAGAAUCCAGUCAGCCAGAAAUCUCUUGCACAGUCGUGUACGGACGCCCCCGGAUAGACAGUGGAGAGGGCGGGACAUGAGAUGGAUAGGCGGAGCCCUCUACAGAGUUUCGGCCAAUAAACUUUCUCGCACACACACCACCAGCACACCAUCCUACAGAUCAGCCAAGUGGUUCAGUCCACAUGACGUAUCCUCUCCAAGUAACGUGGGCAGGAUGUCCAGCACACGGCAUGUGGCCAGCCGGGCGGUGCAGAGGAGCCUCGCCAUCAUCCGUCAGGCUCGGCAGAAGAAGCAGCAGGCCCGUCACUACUGCAUGUACUACAACCGCUUCGGCAAGUGUAACCGUGGUAACGCCUGCCCCUACAUCCAUGACCCAGAGAAGGUGGCCGUUUGCACCAGGUUCCUCAGAGGAACGUGUAAGCAGACAGAUGGGACGUGUCCUUUCUCACACAAAGUAUCCAAGGAGAAGAUGCCUGUGUGUUCGUACUUCUUGAAGGGGAUCUGCAGCAACAGCAGCUGCCCCUAUAGUCACGUCUAUGUCUCUCACAAGGCGGCGGUGUGUCAGGACUUCAUCAGGGGCUACUGUCCUCAAGGAGAGAAGUGUAAGAAGAAACACACACUAGUGUGUCCAGAGUUCUCCAGUACUGGUGUGUGUCCCCGUGGAUCCCAGUGUAAACUACAGCACCGGCAGAAAGACAAGCGCCUUCGAUCCAGCCUGAGUGCAAGCCCGCCAAAGAGGGCCCGCACAAGAGACAUGGCAAAGAGGACCGAAGCAGGCUCUGCGGAGGCUGCUCAGGCAACGGAGGGCACAGAGUGUUCAGGUCCAGCAAAGCUGCCAUCCUUCAUCUCUCUGUCCAGUUCUCCGGACCCCCCGGAGAGCUCAGAGCGCCCCACCUGCCCCCCUAUAUCAGGACAAGAGGCCACAGGGAAGAAACUGCACAUCAAGCCUCGCUUCUCAAGCCUAAACUAAGGCUGGAGGUUCAGGGCAUCUAAAGCCUCUUCGAGAAUCGUGGAGCAGGAAUACCCUGCUGCGCAUGCAUCUUAUUUAGGAUUGCCACAUGUCCCCGUGCUGGUUACAUGUAUCAGAAAAUUCCCCCCACGCCGCCCAUUAAUGGAUGUCACCGUGCCCAGGCCAUUGAGUCCCAGCAGUCAUUUGUUUGCUUCCAGAGCUUCUACCAUACCAUGUCUCACCUGUUUUAUCUGUAUUUGGUCAUAUAGUUAUCCGAUUGUUUAAUAAUACAGUGCAGGUGCUCCUAGCUUGUUUAUCUCAGGGACUCUGCAUGUGUCACUUUUUAAAGCAAUGUAAUUUCAGUAGUUUUGUAUUAUAAAAGAAUCAUUUUAUUGUGUAAUAUUUAAGUUUGAUAUGUUUUUACUUUAAAGGUCCGAUUAAAUUUGUUUGGAGAUUUUG